UCUGUCAAAACAGUACGUAGGCAGGGUCCUCCCUACUCUUAAUGAAUUUCAGUUGUUCUGGCGCAGCUCGGGGAAUUCUUGUAUGUCUGCCUCCAACCUAUGGGAUUUAUUUAGCCGAUGGGGUCACCUCAUGUUGUGCAACAGCUGUGAUGUAAAAGAAAAAGACUGAUUUGGAAAGUGGAGCUUUGUAAAGUUGAGUUUGGAGAGAGCAGACUGCUCUGCUUUUUUGGUUUGAUAGGGAGGGUCCUCAAAAAGAAAUUACAAACUUCUUCUCCUUUCAAAAACAAACUUUUGGAAGCUGUUGGAAGGACGUAGAGAUGAUGUUUCCCUGGUUUAGAUUUUUACUGUGUAGCCUGGAUUUGUUUAGCACAGCAGCAGCGGUAGCUCGCUAUGAUACGGGACAUAUGAUGCCAAUUGAAAGCAACACGCUGACCAGAGAGCUCAAUGUCCCUGAGCUAGAUGAGUAUGAUUACACUGAGCUUGAAUACUAUGACGAUGAUGAAGACAACUACGGCUUCAUAGAAGACACGUUUGUAAACAAAAGGCCAUUCACAGCUCCCCAGAGCUCGGAGUCCAUCCGUAAGAAAUUCCGGGGUAAAUCUCGGAUCCAGCGCCUGUCCUUGAUCAACACCGAUUUUGCAUUUAACUUCUACCGGGCCUUGCUAAGGUCCCAGUCAGCUUCCAAGAAUGUGGUUUUCUCUCCUUUCGGGCUCUCCAGCCUGAUGGCAAUGGUCAUGGUAGGAACGGCCAACAAGACGCAGGAACAGAUCUCUCAGGCUCUGGGUUUUGACCAUUUUGUCAACUCCAAGCCAGACGUUGUAGGCAAUGAGCUGCUGCAUUAUAUCUUCCACAAGCUCAUCCACAGGCUGUUCAAGCACGACUUUGGAUACACGCUCAAAGAUUUCUCAGGCAUCUUCAUCAAGGAAGGGCUGAAGAUCCGGAAACCUUUCAUGGAGUGGUUGAAGCAUUACUACGGGGCGCACACACAGUCUGUGGACUUCUCGGCCCCGCAGGCUCUCACCAAACUCAAUCAGCUUAUUUCAAAGGCCACCAAGGGGAAGCUUCAAGACCUGGUGGAAGAUAUUGAGCCUCAGACUGCGAUGCUUAUUUACCAAGCAUUACACUUCAAAGGCUCGUGGGAGCAUAAAUUUAUUAAAAGCAAGACUGCCAUGCUCCAGUUCCACACUGGCAAAGCAGCAGUGGUGAAGGUGCCAAUGAUGUAUGUCAGAGCAACUAUGAUGGCCACCACAGAUCAUACCCAUGAGUGUGACGUUAUCAGCCUCCCGUACAGUGCGAACGCCAGCAUGCUGCUUGUAAUCCCUUAUAAAACAUUCGGCCUGAGGCACAUUGAGAGAGAACUCAGCUGGGAAAUGGUUGACAACUGGAUCAAGGAGAUGACCAACAGGACAAGGGAGGUCUAUGUUCCAAAGUUCACUCUACAUGGCAACUAUGACCUAAGUGAAAUGUUUCAAGGCCUGGGCGUGACAGAUCUCUUCCACAACAAAGCAAAUCUGUCUGGUAUUUGUGAACAUGGAAAUUUGUAUGUUAGCUCGCUGAAGCAACAUGUUACACUGAAGGUGGAUGAGGAAGGAAGUGAAGUUGCUGCCGUCUCUCUUUCUGGCUUCAUGCCUUUAUCUUCACAGGCCAAAUUUAUGGCCAAUCGCCCAUUCCUGUUCUUCAUCCUCGAGCAUCACACUCAAUCACUGCUGUUCAUGGGGCGAGUAAUGAACCCUUUAAACCAAUAGAGAGAAGGCAAUAGGCAUGACCAUGGAAAUUCCAGCAAAUAUAAAGGCAUACGAUGUUAAACGUAGAGGCCAGAGAAUUCCCAAACUAACCACCACACAGCUUAAUUAUUCACUUUACGCUGUCCAUUCUUACAUUUUAGGACAAUUUGCAGGUGUAGGUAGCUCCAUUGCUGAAGAUUAUUAGUUUUCAAAUCUAGUUGGAGGUAUCUGGCCAUUUUUUUUCCAGAAAAAUAAUGCAGUUGGAAAAUCAAAAUGAGGCAAGAACAAAACCUGCAUCCCAGCAAUUUGGGGCAGGACAACGCUGGUGCGUAAUUUCACUCCUCUGUGCCCCUCAAUGCACUGCAUCUAUACUUACAUUUGGAUGUUCCUUCUUCACUUUGCAGAGUAGGAUGUUUUAUUUGAUUUUAUACCUCUCCCAGGAGAUCAGAAAGUUUCAGUUGGGGGGUUUAUUGGGUUGACCCAAAGUAUUACAGGACAAGCUGGAUGAUCCAGAGGACCUUGUAGUCUAUAGUAAGCUUUCUGGCCUUAGCUAGGAAGUGGUUAAGAAGCUACAACUGACCUCAGCACUGCUUGGCUCAGGGGAAAGAAAUAAAUGACAGGGGUCCCUUCUUCUUGUUGCUCUCCUGCAUGUAUAUGAAGGACAGAAGAGGAAAGGAUCAAGCUUACCAAGACUAAACAACCUGCUGACAUUCACAGAUAAAGAAUAUCCAUUCAGAUAAAGAAUGGGAUAUGAUAUUGGCAGUAUUGCAACCAUACCCUUUCAAGUUAAAGCUCAUAUUUUUAUCAAAUAGCUGGGCAAAUCUUUAGAACAAUUGAGUAUGAAUUAAACUGGAAAAUUAUUUUGUUUUAGGCAGAGGAUAUUAUAUAUUGAAGUAUAUUCUUUCUAUUUUCUUCACUUCUUUGCCCAAAGACAGGUUAGACUCACAGCACAGGUAGGACAAUGAUGUACGUUCAAAACUCACCCUAACCAGGUCACCAAUCUGAUCCACACCGGUCAUCCAGACCCCCAAAGAAUCCACACUGCCAUGGCAGCAUUCACAUUGUAGUCUGCAACUAUGAAUACUUUCUUGAGUUCACAUGAUUCUUCCUGCCUUCCAUUGGGAUGUGACAAAAAGAUUUGUGAGUCAAUACUCAACCUGUUUGGCUACAGUAUGAAAACAACUUCUGUGGCUAUCAUGUCCUGUACUGGGACUUGAACUCAGAAUUUCUGAAGCAGUGACCCAUACCACUGCAGUAGAUACUCCUUACAAAACAAUUGUAAUCAUUUUCAAUUUGUGAACUUUUCAUGCCUUAUUAGUUGAUAUCCAUUUCAAAUAAUCCUCAAUAUGUUUGGCCAUCUUUUAAAUGGUUAUGGCUUUAUAGUGGUUAGGGUACUACACUAGCAAUUGAGAACUUACGAAGUCAAAUGAUAAAAUUGAAUUAAAUUCAAUAAAUCUGCUGAUUUGUGGGUGAGCAGCAGGAACGUGAUUGUGAAAAUUGUCGAAGAGCCAAAACCCCAACUUGUUUACUAAUAGCUUUCAGGUAAAGGAAUCUGUCACCCUCAGGCAGCGUGGUCUGUACCAUCCCAUACUCUGUGGUUGACUUGUAAUGCCCUCCAACGUGCCAUAACUGAGCAUGCUAAUCAGGGGGUCUUGGGGUAACCACAGAGUUGACUUUGUUUGUCUGCAUCACCUACAUCCUGAUAGUCAUCUGGACUUUUCAGAUAUUUAUUGUAGUUUGUAAUGAAGACAAAUGUGUCUUUCCAGGAGAAACUGCCAUUGCCCACACAGGUUGUGCUCUGCAACAGUGAUUGUAAAACCUUUCCAGAAAACAACAGACUGAAAUCAAGGGCCAUUACCUCGUAUGGUCCAAAAACAUAAAGUUUAAGUUUUAAAAUGUAUGUAUUACAACAGACGUGAAUACAUUUCAGGUUGAUUGGUCAACAUUAAUAUUCACGUAGUUGUCUUCGGUGACCUUGGUCUACUAUAAUUUUUGGACAACGACCGUAUGGUUUGGUUAACUUUUUUGGUCAUGUAACUGAUUAUGGUUGAGGCUGUAUCUGCAUUGCUUGUUAAACACUUAUUUGGAACUUACUUUCGUGUAUGUUUUAUAUAAGUUUUAAUAAUGAUAAUAAUGUUGAUUCAAGGUGUCUGCCUUCCCCGAAUUUGUUAUGCAUAGAAGAGCUGCAAGACUUGGUCUUAAGUUCUGAAGAUUCUGCAAUAAGAAUCAAUCACUCUAUUUAAAUUAAGUCAAUUGAGUCAGUUUCAUUGUUAGCUAACAUUUAAUAUGAUCAAUAAAUACAAUAAUGAGAAAUUCUAGCCUGUUUAUGUACCUUGAUAUUGUGACUCAGUGGCUAAU